CUCUCGUGCAUUUUGUACCGUUAAAGUUGUAGCAUAAUCAAAGAUCUACAGGAGAAAAAAAAGGCAGACGUGGGGGAUUUGUUGUUUUUGAGUAACACAUUUUACGUUUGGAAAUUUGUGUUCUUAUUUCACUCAACUUUGUAUUUAAAACCAAUACCAAAACCCUCAAAUAUCUUCUCUCUACCAUAAUGCUCUUACUUGAAGGAUUCAAGGACAUUGUUCCAGGUGUAAGGCAAACAGGGUCCAAGAUGGAUAAACUCAACUCACAGCUAUAUUGGCAUAACUACUGCAUAAUCAAAGAGAAUGAAAGGUUGAGGAAGAAGGCUCAACAGCUGAACCAAGAGAACCAGGCUUUGUUGUCUGAGCUGAGGCAAAAGCUAGCCAAAAAAGGACGUUCCAAUCCAGACCAAGGCUCCUGUCUUUGCUCUACUUCAAACCCCAACUACAAUCAACCGCAUAAACCCUAAAUCAUAAUUGGAGAAACCAAUUGACAUGGCAUUUAUGUUUAGCUACGGAACCUUUUUUUAUUUUUUUCUGUCUUUCUUCUUUAAGGAAGAAAAAAGAAGGGGAAAUUGUUUAUUUGAAUAAUAAAGUUAUGAGCUACAAGAUAUAGAAGACAAAUAAUUUCAACUUUCUA